AUGGUAACAGUUUUCACAUUAAGCGAUCAUGGCGCCAUCAAGCGGCGACCACGUGUACUUAUGCGUUUCACGUCUCGGUCGCCCGAACGAAGAGGCUUCGAGAUUAACUUUAACUACUCGGCGGAACCGGGGGAAGUGAUUGCAACAACAAAAGAAGAAGAAUGGGUGACGCGUAAAAAAAGUGAGGUGACGACUACGCGGCAAAUUGCCACGAGAGUCAAGCGUGAACUGGUGUUAGAAGAUGGGCGUAUUCUCAGCGACUCUGGACCAAAGAUAUCAACUUCCGUCAAUGAAGACACGCAUACCACCAAUUUUCAACAAACCGAACAUCGUGUACCCGAUGGCCAAGAUGGCGAAGAAGGCAAACCCGUUGGCGGAGCUCAAAUCGAAGAUGCGAACGAAACUGGAUCACCAGAGAAUGAACUCGUUGGACCAGAAGUGGGUGGAGAGGUAGCACCAGCCGGUGCGAAAGUGCUGGUGUCCUCUCGUGUGGUUGCCAACCCUGACGGCAAGGUGCGGGAAAGCCGCGAUCUUCGAGUACUAACCAGGAACGUCACAGAACGCGUACGCGAAACCGAAGAGCGCUUCCAUCAUGGUGAUACGACCCAUGACGCGUUAAUAGCAGCCGUGAAUGAGACUUCUGAAGAAGAUAUCCGAGAUGCUCUGAAGGUACAGACAGAAAAUCAGCUGGCGCUGGUGCCCCGAGGCCCUGAGCUCAUCAAGGAUACCGUAGCAUAUAAUACCACUAUCAAGACUGAUGACACGGAAGAACUGCGAGCACUGCGGCCGGAUGGAACGAUCGUGACGGAGACACGUCACACCAGGGAGGAAGAGCGGUUGUGUGACGAGGAACCAAAAGAAGAGGCACGUUCGAUAGCGAGCAACGAGAGCGUGAUUGAAGAGAAGGGCGGUACGGAGCGACGUAAGCGUGUGGAUCUCGAGCAUACGACUGAUCUGAUGGCGGGCGGCCUGCGCGUCGCCACGCAACUUCACUCACGGACGCGCACGGAAGAAGUUGAAAGAGAAGGACAACCAAACAUGGAUGACGAUUGGGACAGCUUAUCUGUAAGAAUGCGACGACAGCGCCGCCUCCGUCUUAACGAACACGACAAGGACUACGCUAAACGACCGCUGGACUUCGAUAUCGAGGAGGAAACACGCAAGAAGGAGACUUCUAAAUGGCUAGAGAGCCACUUUGGGAGUGACUCGCGUUCCUCGCACGACUCCAUCGCUGAAGAGAUCGGACGACGGCCUGAACCGAGGUACUACGUUAAGAAUAAAACUGCCGACGACGAAGGGUAUUACGGGAAAACGUCAUCUUUAGUGCCACCGCCGGCUGCGUAUGGUAAUAGAGUACUUCGCAAAACAAAAUCUUCGACGCCAUCCGACGAACAACCAGCGGGGCCGGUGAACAGAACAGGAGGUUAUUUUAAAGGUGUGGCCGACUGGUCGCAACGUCGCGCUACGAAACCUAGAAUGCCGGAGCCCCGUAGUUCGUCUCCGUCGCCGCCUGCGGUGCGUUCUCCAUACGCAAGCGAUGAUCGAUUAAAUGGAUCUUCCCCAAGGCAUGUUUACGGAAAACGCGAUUCGCUUCAAGGGCGGUCAUCGCCGAUCGGACGCCGCCAUCCACCUUCUCGUGACGACUCCGCCUACGUGUCCUCGUCGACUAUGCACAGCCCGCCGCGUGGUUCACCAUUCCGUCCACUAGAAACGGAUCGCUCCUUCCGCGAGCCAUCAAUCGAAGAUGACUACCGGCAUCCUGUUGCUCCAGAACGCAAACGACACACGAAACAGCGUGUUUCCGAAGAGCACCGUUAUGAUAGUGGAUACAGAAGCUCUUCUCGAAACGGGAAUUCGGGUCGUUCGCGAGACAGCCGCGAAGAAGUUGCAGUAGAGCCGCCGCCUGAUUAUUCACCGCCACGUGAACGUCGGGGCAGUUCGGAUAGAGACCGAACGCCGCCGCGUCGUCGGGAACGUGACGAGCGUAAACAGAAUCAGAAAACACGUUUUGCGGAAAACGAAGAACGUCGACGACCAUCUCCGGUCCGCAAAUCUGUUGGAACUGCUAUAGGGAACUCGAUAAGGAAGUUGGUUGGAAAGAUUCGUUCGGCGUCUGCCGAAAGAAAAACUCGGUUACGGAACUCACGGACGCCGUCGCCGGAGCACUCGUCUCGUACGUACAAGCAGUACGGUGGCGAUUUGGCGCCCCCCGUUGCUCCCCCGCACCGAUACUACCUCGGCGAAGAUCCUUUUGCGCCCAGCAUCUAUGGCCGAGAACACAAGUACGAAGGCAGUACAAGACGAGCCGCGGGUAACGACGCCCGUGAUCAGCGUGAUAGGGUCCAGUUCUCAAGUACACUUGGCCGCUUCAGCCACUCAACGAGCCGUUUAAACCCGAACAGUGAGACAGAGGAAGAUUACUCUCGCAGCGCGCAGACGUUGCCGAGAAAACUUCACGACCGCAAAGAAAAGACCACUGAGAAGCCGAGUAAUAACAAAUACUGGAAUCGACUUGCCCAAAAUAAGAGAUCCACAAGUGCCAUCAAUAUAUCAAAUAACCACAACGUACCACCGCCACAGGAAGUCAAAAUUAACGGUUAUCCACCGGGCCCAGCUAAACCAGCGCGGACAUACAAAGGUCUGAACAGGAGCAAGAGUUUUGCUAUGGGCGCUCCUGAACAGGAGACGCACCCUCGUUACGUCACAGGCAUGAACCGUAACUACUCCACCAUGUACAAAUCUAACCCACAUUUAAGUCGACUCGACGAAACGCCGGAACAGUUAAAAAGUCCUGGUAUCGUUUCUAUUAUAAACAGAAGUCAGCGCGAUUUAGCUGACGCCGUCUCCAGAGAGACUGAACGCAGGCGUGACGGGUUGUUUGGUGCUCGUUACGGAAAAACAGCUCCAACAAGCAAUGGCCAUACAAACGGCUACAACAAAUCUUACGAGGAAACCGACAAGAAGAAAAUAUUCCUCAAAGGACUCCGUGAACGUGCACCAGAUCUAUAUCAAACACUGCACGCCGACGACGAAUCAGAUGGUAGCAGACGGUCUUCGAGAUACGGGACACCCUCACCGCAUUAUAAGGAGCGGAUAUCAGAAGAACGUAAAAUACCGCUUUACAAAACUGAAUCACUAAACAGGGAAAGUAGUCCCUUCGUGUCAAGGUUGGAAACAAGAGUAAAAUCGCCAGCAAUUAGAAGAGGAAGCAACAGCAGUGAUAAUUUCUCUGAAACGUAUAGGUAUACGACUCGUUCAGGGGACCCGGAACGACCCAGCGUAACGGAUACAGUCGAAACAGUCAGUAAAAAAAUUGUGCCUUCAAGAGAUGGCCGAUCGAAAGAGAUAAUAGAGUCAAGGGAAGUCAAUUCGGUGACAAAGAGCAGAGGCUAUAAGGGUGAGCCUAUUUCUAGUAUUAAAUAUUACGAUAAUGGUAUGCGUACCUCACCACCGGUCUACGAAAGCAAAAACGGAUCUGCUCCUUUGUAUUCCGAACGAAAAAGUAGCAACUAUAAGGUGAUUGAAAAGAUUAGGGAUUACUAA